UCUGGUUAUCAUCAUUUUAUGAGAUAUUACUUGUAGGGAAUAACUACUUCCCUUGGUGCAUGGUUGAAUAAUCAUCCCUGUAAAGUGUAGUUUACGAUAUUGUCUCUUACUCUUCCAUCUCGUGAAAGAUUCUUCUACCUCUUGCACACUCCCUUCAUCAGUUCAUCGUUCUGUGAGGGCUAAACAAUGAAAGAAGCAAUUGUCUUGUAUCCAGCGGCAACCUCCCACCAGAUGAUCUCUAUGGUGGAGUUAGCUAAGCUGAUCCUGCAACACCAUCCCAACAUCUCCAUAACAAUUUUUGUAGCAAUCAUGCCUUUUGACACCUCCACCAUUUCCGCAUAUAUCAGUUCCAUCUCCCAAACAAGUCUUCCCAUAUCCUUCCUCUCUCUCCCUCCACCCAGCGAAAAACCUCCUGGACCAGCGGCUGCAGCCACUUUGGGUAAAGCCGCAUUCGAUUAUAUCCGCCUUUACUCCCCUAAAGUACUCGAUGCCCUCAAAACCAUCUCUCUCACCUCCACUGUUCUUGCUUUCAUAAUUUCCACCUUCGGCAUCACUUACGACACACCCAUCCCAACUUACUUAUACUUCACUUCUGGUGCUACUAGUUUUGCCAGCAUCCUCUACUUGCCCACCAUCCAUAACCAAACUACCAAGAGCUUCAAAGACCUUCCCAACAAUACCCCUUUGCACUUUACUGGACUGCCACCCAUCAAACCCUCUCACCUGCCUGAACCCCUACUAGAUCGCGACCAUCCUGCCUACCAGGAAUUCUUUAGCCUUGGUACUUUACUACCUAAUUUGAAGGGGAUGAUACUGAACACUUUUGACAUGCUUGAGCCACAAGCGAUCAAAGCUAUCACUGAGGGUGCUUGUGUUCCAAAGGGCUCAACCCCUCCUUUAUACUGCAUAGGGCCAAGGAUUGUUGAUGCCAAACAAAGGGGUGCCUCAGAUGAUGGUUUAUCAAAAUGUUUGCUGUGGUUAGACAAGCAGCCAAGCCAGAGUGUGGUGUUCUUAUGUUUUGGCAGAAAGGGAGCUUUCUCUGCACCUCAGCUGAAGGAGAUUGCUUUUGGCCUGGAAAGGAGCAAACAAAGAUUUAUGUGGGUGGUGAGGAAUCCACCACCAAAAUCCGACACGGAACCUGACCUAGAGGAACUACUGCCAGAAGGGUUCUUGGAAAGAACAAAAGAAAGGGGUCUAGUGCUGAAAUCUUGGGCACCACAAGCUGCAAUUCUGAGCCACCAAGCAGUGGGUGGAUUUGUGACUCAUUGUGGGUGGAACUCAGUGCUUGAAGCAGUAACUUACGGUGUGCCAAUGUUGCCUUGGCCAUUGUAUGCAGAACAAAAGUUGAAUAGUGUGGUUUUGGCAGAGGAAAUAAAGCUGACACCAAAGCCUAUUUUAACAGAAGAUGGUAAAGGAGUGGUGAGCUCAGAGGAGGUGGAGAGAAAGGUAAGAGAGUUGAUGGGAAUGGAAGGGAAAGGAUUCAGAGAAAGUAGUUCGAUGAUGAAAAUUAUGGCCAUGGCUGCUUGGACUAAUGGUGGGUCUUCCUUCACAGCUUUGUCCAAGUUGGUGGCUUCUUGGAAGCAAGAACAAUCAUAAGAAACCAUCUCAUACUUUUCCAAGAUUGGUUAGCCUUUCUUUGUCAUUUCCCCGAGAUAUUCUUGGAAAAACCAUGCUCGGAUCAUUAGAUAUUAAACCUAUGUGGAAUGGAAUUGAAACAAGAUUAGGAGGAAGGUUGAUUGUGUUAACAUUCAAGUUAAUUAAUAAUUUUUUUAAAUUAAA